AUGAUUGCUCUUAUCUUCACCGCCUGCCUACUCGCUGUGGUAGAAGGAUUGACAAAUGAUUGCCAUUUGAAACCCGAUCCGGGGCCGUGUAAAGGCUUUUACCAAAGGUUCGCCUACAAUCGUAAAAACAAUACCUGCGUGCCAUUCAUCUACGGCGGCUGCCAAGGCAAUGGCAAUAACUUUGAGACCAAAAAGCAGUGCGAGAAAAAAUGUUUAGGUAAGUCGUCAACGAGGACGAUUCAGUUCAUAAUUAACAAGCGUCUAAAAGUUUGA